AUGGGGACAGUGGUAAGAAUUGGGCCCAGGGCCCUGGGCUGGGUGGCCUGUCUGCUCCUGGCAUUCCCUGCUACAGCCACUGGGCCUGAGGUCACUCAGCCUGAAGUGGACACCACCCUGGGCCGUGUGCGAGGCCAGCAAGUGGGCGUGAAGGGCACAGACCGCCUUGUGAAUGUCUUCCUGGGCAUCCCGUUUGCCAAGCCACCUCUGGGGCCUGGUCGAUUCUCAGCCCCGCGCCCAGCGCAGUCCUGGGAGGGUGUGCGGGAUGCCAGCACUGCCCCUGCAAUGUGCCUGCAGGAUCUGGAGAGAAUGGACAACAGUAGGUUUGUGUUGAACGGAAAGCACCAGCACUUCCCUAUUUCAGAGGACUGUCUGAUCCUCAACAUCUACAGCCCGGCUGAGGCCACCGUGGGGGCCAGGCGGCCGGUCAUGGUAUGGAUCCAUGGGGGCGCUCUGGUGGCCGGCGCCGCCACCUCCCAGGACGGGUCAGCCCUGGCCGCCUAUGGGGAUGUGGUAGUGGUCACGGUCCAGUACCGCCUGGGGCUCCUUGGCUUCCUCAGCACUGGAGACGAGCACGCCCCUGGCAACUGGGGCUUCCUAGAUGUGGUGGCUGCUCUGCACUGGGUGCAGGGGAACAUCUCCCCCUUUGGAGGUGACCCCAACUCUGUCACCAUCUUUGGCGGUUCUGCCGGUGCCUGCAUCGUCUCUGCCCUGGUCCUGUCCCCGCUGGCUGCAGGGCUAUUCCACAGAGCCAUAGCCCAGAGUGGAGUCAUCACCAUUCCCGGCUUACAGGCUUCGAACCCAAGGCUCCUGGCUCAAAGCUUCGCGGACUCCGUGGCCUGCAGCUCUACCUCCUCAGCUGAGAUGUUGCAGUGCCUUCGGGAGAAGGCAAACAAGGAGCAGAUACUUAACAUGAAGUUGAACACUACAGCUACCUACACCAUUGAUGGCACCUUCUUUCCCAAGAGCCCCAGGGAGCUCUUGAGGGAGAGGCAGUUCCAUUCUGUGCCCUUCCUCCUGGGUGUCAACAAUCACGAGUUUGGCUGGCUCAUCCCCAAGGGCUGGGGUUUCCUGGAUAAGAUGGAGCAGAUGAGCGUGGAGGAUAUGCUGGCCAUAUUAAGACCCCACUUGACCAUUCUGGAUAUACCCCCCGAGGUGAUGCCCACCAUCAUAGAUGAAUACCUAGGCGGCAGUUUCGACGCAGAAGCCAGACGCAAUGCCAUCCAGGAAUUCUGGGCUGACCUUAUGGUUAUCUUUCCCACCUUGAAUUUCUCAAGAAACCUCCGAGAUUCUGGAGCCCCCGUCUUUUUCUAUGAGUUCCAGCAUCGACCCAGUUCUUUUGCGAAGAUCAAACCAGACUGGGUGAGGGCUGACCAUGGGGCUGAGAUUGCCUUCAUAUUUGGGGGUCCUUUCCUCAUGGAUGAGAGCUCCCUGCUGGCCUUUCCAGAAGCUACACAGGAGGAGAAGCAGCUGAGCCUCACCAUGAUGGCCCAGUGGACCCAAUUUGCCCGGACAGGGGACCCCAAUGGUGAGGGGUUGCCUCCUUGGCCUGCAUUCAAGCAGUUGGAGCAAUACCUGGAAAUCAGCCCGACACCACGAGUUGGCCAGAAGCUAAGAGAAGCCCAAAUGCAGUUCUGGGCAGAGAUACUUUCUGCCAACUUCCGGCAGUGGCAGCAGAAGCAGAAGGGCAGGAAGGCCCAGGAGGAGCUCUGA